UUAUAUACGUUGUUGAUCCUCUCCAUCCUCAAAUCUCUCUCCCUCCUCUCCCUUCUCUGUCCAGAAACUCAAAUCCUCUUGCGUUAAAGAGACUGCAUUAUAGUUUCUGCAUUAUUUUUAAGGGCAUUCUUCUGUUUCUUCUUAUUCAGUGUUUACGACGUAAUAGAACGUGUGGAUAUAUAUGGAACAUCACUUCUUUGAUCACGAGGCACAUUUUGAAUCUGAGGAAGUUGUUGGACUCGAGCAGAAAUAUAAAUCCAUCCCAGCCCCAGCAGCAGUCUCAGACAAUGACAGUGACCUUUUCGAAUGCAAUAUAUGCUUAGACUCAGCACAUGACCCUGUUGUCACCUUCUGUGGUCACCUAUAUUGCUGGCCAUGCAUGUACAAAUGGCUCCAUGUUAAAACCUCCUCCCCUGAUGCUGUUCAGCAGCAGCCAAGCUGCCCAGUCUGCAAGGCUGCUAUUUCCCCAACUUCAUUGGUUCCCCUUUAUGGCCGCGGCCCACCCUCAUCAGAAUCAAAAUCCAUGGGAUCAUCGGUGGAUGCAGCCUUACCCCGUAGGCCACUCCCUUCGGGAUUGAAUACUGCGAGUACAAAUACUUCACGUCAAAGUCGGCAGCCUCAUUCAAAUUCUUUCAAUCCACAGUCUCAGUCGUUUCAACACCAACAAUACUUCCAUGAUCCUCAUGGAGGUUAUGCGGCCAUGACCUCAUCAAACCUUCGGAGUACGGUAAUGACAGGUUUUUUCAAUCCAAUGAUGGGGAUGUUCAACGAGAUGGGGUGCUCAAGGAUUUUUGGUACAUCAGUCACGAAUAUGUUUGCCCACCCUUACACAAAUCCUCUCAUGGGAAGUAACAAUCCUAGGAUGAGGAGGCAGGAAAUGCAGCUUGAUAAGUCUCUAAACAGAGUGUCCAUCUUUCUUUUUUGCUGCUUCAUUCUGUGCCUUCUCUUGUUUUGACUAGCUCAUAUUAGAGCUUUUGUAUAUAGGUGAUGAACAUACACACUGCAGGGACAAUCCGCUGUAAAGUUUUUUCUAGUAACUCUCUUUAGGAGAUUUUCCUCCACAUUUUUGCACAAA